AGAAUCCUAAGGUCCCGUGCACAAUGUCGACGGCUUCGAUUAACAGCUGGUGUCUCACCUCUGUCUCUGCCUCUAAGAGAUCACUACCCGCAUUAUGUCCUCCAGUCUUUGCUAGCCUCAACUCCUCUGUUUCUCCUCCUACCCUUAUCAGAAACCAGCCUGUUUUCGCAGCCCCUGCUCCUAUUCUCUAUCCACCUCGGAGAGAAGAAGAAAUGGGAAACGACUACAACGAGGCCAUUGAAUCUCUCAAGAAACUCCUCAGUGAUAAGGAAGAGCUGAAAACUGUAGCAGCUGCGAAAGUGGAGCAGAUAACAGCUGAAUUACAAACCGCCUCAUCUUCUGACCCCAAGGCAUUCGAUCCUGUUGAGAAGAUUAAAUCCGGCUUCAUUCACUUCAAGAAGGAGAAAUAUGACAAGAAUCCGGGACUGUACUCCGAGCUUGCCAAAGGCCAAAGCCCCAAGUUUAUGGUGUUUGCAUGCUCGGAUUCCCGGGUUUGCCCGUCCCAUGUGCUUGAUUUCCAACCAGGGGAAGCUUUUGUGCUCCGCAAUGUUGCGAAUAUGGUCCCGCCAUACGAUCAAACUAAGUACGCUGGAGUUGGGGCAGCAAUAGAGUAUGCAGUUUUGCAUCUGAAGGUGGAAUACAUUGUGGUCAUUGGACACAGCGCCUGUGGUGGAAUUAAGGGCCUCAUGUCCUUCCCUUAUGAUGGAACAACAUCAACUGAUUUCAUAGAAGACUGGGUCAAAGUUUGCUACCCUGCCAAGACUAAGGUUUUAGCAGAACAUGCCAAUGCACCUUUCCCAGACCUCUGUACACAAUGUGAAAAGGAGGCAGUGAACGUGUCCCUUGGACACUUGCUAACCUACCCGUUUGUGAGGGAUGGCUUGGUGAACAAAACUCUAGGACUGAAGGGUGGUUAUUAUGAUUUUGUCAAAGGCAGUUUUGAGCUCUGGGGGCUUGAGUACAGCCUUUCUCCCUCUCUCUCCGUAAAGGAUGUGGCCACCAUACUACAUUGGAAGCUGUAGGGACUUGCAUAAAGGUCAUUCCCGCAAAGAUGAGGCUCUCUUCCCUCGAUUUGUUUCUUGUAAUGCAGUGGGUUGUAUAUGUAGAUAUUCUACACAACUCUUGAGGCCAACUUCUUUAACGUGUGUCUUGCUUCUUCAGUAUACAAGGCUUAAUUAAUUGGUUGUUUAUUUA